CUGGGUUGGAUAUUUUUAUCCCUUUCUAAAAUUUUCCUUUGUAUAAUUGUCUGAAAAUUUUCUUAACUUUAUUCAAAAUUUAAAACUUGAGUAUUUCUUCUUGCAAUUUUUUGUUUAUUUUUUCAAUUAUGUUCAAUUUAGUUUGAUUUGCUAGAAAAUGGGUAGUUUUCAAAACAAACAAAGAACACUCAUUAUCUUGAUGCUCAUUUCCUUAAGUAUGCUUAGCAAUCAUAGAAGUUAUGGAGCAGAAGAACAAAUAGCAAAUUUUGUGUUCGGAGAUUCUGACGUAGAUGUAGGAAACAACAACUACAUUGUGUCCCUUCUUAAGGCGAAUUCCAUGCCUAAUGGUAUCGAUUACGAAGGACCGACGGGAAGAUUUACCAAUGGACGCACCGUUAUUGACAUUAUAGCCCAAACACUUGGUAAAUUUGGAAAUAGCCCGCCAUACUUGGCUCCAACAACAAAAGGGAGUGUGAUUUUGAAAGGGGUCAAUUAUGCUUCUGGUGGUGCUGGAAUUCUCAACGAGACUGGCUCCAUUUUUAUUGGGAGGAUAAAUUUUGACGCGCAACUAGAUAAUUUUGCAAAUACAAAGCAAGAUAUCAUCGCUCAAAUAGGAGAAGCAGCAACAAACGAGCUUAUGAAUAAAGCCUUUUUUUCCGUAGUAAUUGGUGCCAAUGAUUUCAUUGCUAAUUACUUACUUCCAGUUAUUAUCAGAGGUCAUAUAUUGAUGCAGCCUGACGCUUUCAUAGAUACCAUGAUAUCUAAAUUUAGACUACAACUUACGAGGCUUUAUAAUAUGGGUGCUAGGAAAAUAUUAGUGACAAAUGUUCCACAAAUUGGUUGCACCCCGUUUGAGAGAAGAAUAAAUCUAUGUUCGGGAAAUCAAUGUGCUGCGUACCCUAAUCAACUAGCUCAAUUAUAUAAUGUCCAAUUAAAGAGCCUUCUUACAGAGCUAAACAGCAACCUUAAGGGAUCUAAGUUCCUUUAUGGAGAUGCUUACGGCAUUUUUACCGAUUUCGUCUAUAAUUACCGAUCAUAUGGUAUGUUUUUCGAUUCAUAUAUAUGUCAUUUAGUUUUUAUUUUGUAAAUUUAAAACUAAAGUUCGACAAUGUUUUUGCACACUUAAGUUUGCUACAAUUGGGAUGUGUAUAGUGCAUGUAUAUCAAUGUCCUCAGCAUAUAUAGGCAAGAUUAAAAUUAAGAACCCGUCAAAAAAAAGAAAAAAAAAAAUUGAACUUAAGAAGUGAAUAGUCUUUUGAAUAAGGAUGACAACUUAAACAAGCGGAGUGGGUGUGGCUUGGAAACCCCCUCCCUUAUACCGGACCAAAAAAAUUAACAUGGUUGGUAUAAUCCAAUAUCCAUAUCCCUCCAAGUAAGUAUAGAUCUAAAUUCACACCUUCUCCACCACCUAAGUAGAUAUCCACU